AUCAAUGGGCUUGAAUAUUUUUAAGGAAUUGGAAUUUUUUCAAAUAUCAAGUAUCUUAAAACUAAAAAUUCUGAACGUUCUUAAACAAUUGCAUUCUUUAUAGCAUCAAUUAUUAUAUUUUAUCAAAGACACGUUGGAAACCUGAAAGAAUUGAAACGUCAUAUCUACGUAUCUGCAGUAAUUCGCUAAUGUAACGUGCGAUACACAAAUAUUUCUUCGACGUCUGCGAUGCUUACAAUUGCUGUAAUAACGCGGAGUAGCAAUGCGAUUUCGUUAUGCAUCUUUGAUCAGCCCUAGCUUUGAGAAGCUGAUUAUGUUGUGGCCGCGCGAUGUCAUAGCAACCACCAGCGUGUAAACCCCCGGCGUUGGUAGCAGUUUAUUCGCAUUCGUGUUGCAAUGCCGUCGAAUUGGUGAAGCUUUUCCGGAAAUGUCGUUGUUCAAAUCGAAAGAAUGGUGGAGGACACAGUGCGGAAUGAACGAGUCGUUCGACAGACGCAGCUUGCUGGUCCUGCCGUUGUUCAGUGCCGACCGAAAGGACGUCGUCAUUGUCGGCAGCCACAGCGGCUACCUUCGGAUAUACAGCCCGUCCUCGCAAUGGGUAGACGAGACCAAGUCGCCGAGCGGCUAUAAGUCCUCAGACCUCAUCAUCGAGACGCAAAUCGGUGACUGUAUCAUCGACAUGAAGGCAGGGAAAUUCGUCUCAGGCUCGCAAGAUACACGACUCGCGAUAUUGACAUCGAAGAAACUUGUCAUUUACAGCGUAAUAUUGAGCCAAGGCUCCGUUGAGCACGGGGACCACUGCGGCCUGGAAAUCGCUUACGAGCACUUGCUACCGCGAUUUCCGGCGUCCCUGACGACGGGGCCGUUUGGCGGCGUGCGGGGUCGGGACUUCCUCUGCGUUCAAUGCCUGGACGGCACGCUUCUCUUCUACGAGCAAGAGACUGGCACCUUCAGCCUGGUUCUCGGGAAUCGGUUGCUGCCAGAGCCGAUCGUCUACGUUUCGCGGAACGACACGUUCGUGACGCCGAGCUCCGCGUGGAUCCUCGAAUGCUACAGGUAUAAGAGCAUGGCGGAAUUUGGAAGUAAGGAUCGCUCGGAGGAACCGAGGAAUCUAGAACCGGACUGGAGUUACAAUAUCGGGGAAGCCGUUCUCGAUAUCGAUGCCGUUACCUUGAGCAGCUUCGAGGUCGGGAUUCUUGUGCUCGGCGAGAAGAAUCUGUAUUGUCUGAAAGACAAUUGCGUCACCCUGAAGUACGCGAAAAGGCUCGAGUACAAGGCGCUCUGCUUUCAAGCUUAUGUGAUAGAACCGGAUGGCAAGCUGAUGGUGCUCGUAAUCGCUGACACAAACACCUUGAUGAUUUACGAGGGCACGACUCUUAAGUGGUCAGCUCAGCUGCCUCUUACUCCGGUCGCCGUAACUCGAGCGCAUUUUCAGCACUUAGACGGAGUGAUCGUCGUUCUCUCCGAAGAGGGCCAGCUGGAGGCUUGCUACUUGGGUUCGGAGCCAUCAUUAUUUAUCGCGCCUCCUCUGCAUCGACGCGGUUACGAUUACGUAGCCGCCGAGGAUGAGCUCAUGGAGCUCCGCAAGCUAGCGAAGAGAAAUAAGGCUUCCGGCAACCAGCUCAGUGACGUCAACAUGGACGCCGAGUUGAUAAUAUCCGUGACCGUGUCCUCGGACCUGGAACCCUGUCCACGCGGAAACCAAGACGACUCGAAGGACGACUCGGAGGGUCGUAAUUUUAUGUGCAGGAUCACCAUAGAAUUGUCCACGUACACGACUCUACGCGACGUUCAAGUAUGCGUGGACGCCUCGAAGCCGUUCGUCGCCGAGAAGGAUCGCCACGUUAUUACCAAUCUUUGUGACCGGCACAUUUUGCGCACGACCAUCUGCGCGACGACGGAUCUGCCGGCGAUGUCGUCGGACGUGAGGAUCACGGCGAGCUACGAGACGGCGGAUCGUGGGAGCCUGCGCGUACUUCAGAAGACGGCCCAACUGCCUCUGAAGAUGAUGCUGAGGGCCUGCCCACCCGAGAACACGUCCACCUUCACGGCGACCAUCAAGUGCAGCGAGCCCCUCGUGGCUUUUAGCCAGCUGUUUCCCGAGUUCACAGGGGACAUACAGAGGCAAAAUUGGAACGCGCUCGGCUUGCAGCACGUGCAAACUGGCAGCGUGGUGACAAUAAUUUCUGGAACUACUAGCAAUCGAUACCGAGUGCAGUCCAACGACGGGCUUUCGAUGGCCUUGGUGGUUCAGCAGCUGGUGAAUAGGCUCAAAGACAAGGCCACCGGAAAUUUUACGACCGCCAUCGCGCAAAAUCACAUACAACUGGUCCAGUCGCAGAUGGAGGCGCACUAUCGUAGUCGCCAGGAGGCGGACAAAAUCGCGAUUGAGAUCGGGCUGCUGUCGACCCAGUUGAGAAACAUCGAGAGGAGGAUGCUGCGCGCCGUGAGGGAGCGGAACACCCGGUCUCUGGCCACGACUGGACUGCCGUUCCUCUUGGAGUCGACCUAUCGCGCGAUCUUCGCGCUUCUGGAUGAUCUCGCGAUCGCACGAACGGAACGGGAACGCGCCGGCCACGGUCUGCGGUGCGUCGUGAGGUUACUGCUCCUGCUAUUGCGGCUCAAUGUAAACGACGAUAAGUACGCUAUGCUUGAAGCCGCGAUCGGAUUCGAGCCGCAGCUGCGCGACGAGCUCGACUGGGAAGAGAUCGCCGACGUCAGCCUGAGUACUUUUCUACGGUCUACGUCGAGAAAAGGCACGAGUUACCUGGACGCGAAAUCCGGGCCGUUAAGCAAGAUGACGUCCACCAAAGAAUUCGUCAAAUUAAAGAAGCGUUUGGUACACGCAGUUGAACGCCUCGACACCUGUCGAGAAGCCGAAAUGGUCGAGAACGAACAACAGUUGGAAGCUCGCGAUCGCACCUCUUCGUGAAAAUCAUCCCGUUACCCGACAUUGAAAUCUCUAUCUUCCGCAAAUCUCCGAACGUGUCUCUCGAGAGCAGCGAACGUUCGAACUGGAAAGAAGGGAAAGCGGCAUAAAGGCCGGACUUGGACCAAGUUCUAGCAUCGUGGACACAGGCCUUUAGAAAAGU